AUGGAUGUUGAUUCAAUUUGCGGGCAAAUAUCCAGUGGACUCAUUCCUCAAACCCAUGACCUUAUUCGAAUCUGGACCUAUGCAGGUUACAGUACCUUGGAGGUUGAACAAAAAGUCGCACUACUAACGAAAUCCUGCAGAGCAGCCUUUGAUGAAUUUAUCAAAUUGGAGAAUAAGUUACUCUUUGAAUUAAAUGCAAAGAUCGAUGCACAGCGUCAAAUCGUUGCCGAAUCCUGUACUAUUCUUGGACUUCCUCCAUAUCUUCCUCGACAUGGUUUAACUACAUGCCAACUUUUGAAGGACCUGACAGAGAAGAUAGCCGAACUUGAUCAAGUUAAAAUCAACAGGAAGGAGGAAUUCAGACGACUAAGCCAUGAAAUUAUAAUGUCAAGUCUUCAACUAGGUCAUGAGACUGGGACAAUUAAAGCGAAAUUGGCACUAGCUAGUGAUAUUCCAACUACAGAGGAUCUUUUACGUCUUCAAUCAGUAUUGGAGGAAAAUAACGCUACUUUAGGUCCUCUAGUAUCUCAACUGAAUGCUCUGCAGGCAGACAUUCAACGUAUCUCGACUGAAAUCGCCUAUGUUCCAAAGACCGAGAGAGAAAAGUCUUUAUUGCACAUGGAAGCCGAUGGAAUAGACGCUACUCCUCACAAUUUGCUCAAUGGAUGUGAUGAAGAAUUUAACAUCGAAGAAGAGAUUAGAAAAAAGGCUGAAAGGCUAAAAGGUGCACAACCUAAUGAGACAGAUCUAGAAGAAUUGAAAUCGAUGCGAUUGUCUUUGGUAAAGGAAAAGGCAAGACUAAUGGGUACUUGUGAAGAGUUGAAAGCAUAUCUCGCGAGCAUGUGGAAACGUCUUGAAAAACCACCUGAAGAAUGUAAAGCCUUUCUUGAAUCAUGCGAAGGAUUUACUCCGAGUUCCUUGCAAACACUGCAGAAUGAAGCCGAAGCUUGCCGUAAAGAGCGUCUUCAGACCAUGCAAACUUAUCUUUCAUCAGUGAAAGCAGAACUCCUGGAUCUUGCACGAAUCUGCUGUCUUGAAAAUCAAGAAAGCAGGAAUUUAGCGAAAUUUGAAUCGAAUGCAAGUGAUGACCGCAGAGUAGAGCUACUAGACUAUAUGGAACAGCGGAUUGAGGAAUUGAAAGUUGUUUUCCAACAACACCGUAAAGUCUAUGAGUCCAUUUCUGCAUUCCAGAGUAGUUUCAACGCCCUUCAACAAGUGGAACAGAGACUCAGGGAUCCCUCCAUUCUCAGUAAUCGAGGAGGAAUUUUAUUGAAGACAGAAAAAGAAAAGAAGCGACUAUUGAAGGAAGUGGAGAAGUUCGAGAAGGAGGCAUUAACUGCGAUUGGGGAAUACGAGAGUGAAAAGGGUCAGCCGUUCCUUCUUUCUAACGGAAAGACCUUCGUUAAGGCCGUGGAGGAGCAACGGAAUGCGACAGCUGUUCACAUGCGAGCUGACAGAUCUUUGAGUGUCGCUGGAAGAAGACCUACUUCAGGAACUCGUCCAACCACACAGAUUUGCUGA